AUGAUUUGUAUUGGCGAUUGUUUGACUAGCUCUGAUGGUGAUUUAUAUCAAGUCACUGGAAGCGUUGGAGAGGAAUUGUCAGUAAAGCUUGUUGGUUCUAAUUGGUCAUAUGUAGAAUCGGUGAGUGCUACAGAUAUUGAUGUUUUUAACAAUCCCGAUAAGGAAUUCAUGGAUAGCCUUGUAAUUCCUUUUGUGCCUUCACAGUUUCCUUUACAAUUUGCGUCUGUUGGGAGUGAAUCGUGUGAUUUCACAGCUUCAACACCUUCGACACCUUCGACACUUCCGACAUCUCCUAAUUCAAAGUACUUUGAAAUCUUAAAUAUUUUCGAAUGGAAAUUGGUAGAAUUGAAGGAAAAAAAAUCAAAGAUGACUACAAAGCAGAAAAAGUAUCAUUUGAAACAGUUCUUGAAUCGACAUAUCAAGCAAAGCUUCAAACUCAAACCUUUCCUCCGUCCCAAUACCAAUCUACCUCCCUCAGGAAAACCCAUGAGAUUGGUUUUCGAAGAAAUCAUCAAUAAAGGCUUAAAUAUUAGAUUGGUUUACUUCCUUUGUAAUAACCAGUAUGACAGCUUAUUGGAAUUUGUACUCAAUCAGCUAAUAAGGGACUCUGGGCCUUAG